UUAACAAUUUGUUUAUGCAUUUAAUAUUUCGUAUACAGUACUUGUUAUAUAUAUAGCUAACUUUAAAUUUUGUUUGUUAAUGGUGUAGACAUGGCCAACUCGGAAUCAGGAUCUGAUUCAGGCGCACAAAAUGAGUGUCCAACCUUGAUACCUACACGAGGGUCGACGCAGAUGAAUGAAAUAUCCAAACUAAUGGAUCAAAACAAAAGAGUGGCCCUCGAGGUUAAUGACAAAGGACAAUACUGCGGGAAAAGCUAUGCGAAGCUCGUAUCCACUCUAGGAGUCAGAUGUCGGCAGACGAUAGGGUUGUCCUAUAAAAACUGGAAAGAAGUCAACUCGACUCUGAAAAAUAAAGUUUGGAAAGACAUACAGACGGGGUUCAUUGUGUCGGACUCCUUCAAACAUGAUUGUCUCAUCCUAGCUGGGAAGUUAAUGAAAGACUUCAAGAAUAGGAUGACAAAAGACAUCAUAAUGCCCGCUUUGAAAGAGAAGGAUCUGGGACGACUGGCACAAGUCCCUGAAAAGCAUCCCGAGAUCGACGCUGCUGAUUGGUGCAAAUUGGUUGAAAGUCGAAUAACUCCUCAAUUUCUGGAAUUGAGUAAGGUGCAACGUGAACGUUCCUCGAAAAUUCAAUCCAGACAUCGAAGUGGUCGAAGUGGGAUGGUGAACGUACGGGAAGUUGUGAAAAAUAAUCUCGAAGUUGCAGAUCCCCCCCGCCACCGUGUUUGGAUUAAAUCUCGCACCAAGAGUCGAAAACUUGUCACUGAUUACGACAAGGAAAUUACAGAGAAGAUAGCUCAAUUAGAGGAGAAGCUUAGUCAGGGACAAAUUAAGGUCCAGGGCCAAAACGAUAUCCUGACGCAGGCGCUCGGGACACCAGAGCAUCUUGGACGUGUCAGGGCUGCUGGGUUCCUGACCAGGGCAUCUCAACUGUUCGGCAGGGAGAAAAGGAAAGUGUCUGAUGUUGUGGCUCGGCAAGCGAAGGAGAUUGAAAAAUUAAAAGUCGAAGUCGAAUCCCUUAAGCAGAAGAGAAACGCUACCGAACAAGAGGAAGAAGGAGAGGUGGCUGGUGAGGCGUAUGUUCCACAACCAUACGCUCCUCAGGAUGAGGUACAACCACAAACUUAUGCUGAGGAGUUUAUUGCCCUCAACGACCAAGGUAUCCUGUAUAAUUUCGAUGACCAUGCAGCCCUUAAUCAGCAAGUACAUCUCUACUCUGACAACAUCGACAACAUUGUGGCCCGAGCGUAUUUGUACGAGCAUGUUGGUAUAAUCCAAGUUCACUGCCAGAUUUACGAUGAUUCACAUGCCCGGAUUAUGGUUUCGGAAAUCCUGCAAGAGGACGCUGAAAUCCCAGUCCCAAUUGAAGAGUGCAGAUAUGUUAGGGACGUAUACCAGAUGUUCCUUCCUUGGCCUAAACACUUAAUUCUAACAACCAAGGGUCCACUCGCUCAACCGCCCUCAAGACGUGAUGCGUCGAAGGGGAAAGCUCCGAUGCUUUCUCCACAAGGCGGUGGUGCACGGGAAGAUGACUUGUUCACGGAAGAGAAGAUGGCGUUGAUCCCUAAUUCGCUAAAAUGGAUGAUUCAUGAAUUCCUGAGGCUCAAAGAUAAACGUGAUAUAAUCACAAUUCCUGUCCCCCGAGGAUUCAUUGCACCGCGUACCCAGAUCACGUUAUCUGGAGAGGAUUUGCAGCAGGUUGCUACGUGUGACUACAUCGGCAACCAGGGAAUGCUGUUUGGAAUGAUGCACAUAUGGGAGAGCAUCAACGGUCUGAGGAAAACUUUCAAGUUUUACGACCCAGAGCUUCUCGUAGUGCAUGGGAACACUGAUGAAGAAAAGAGUCAGUCGUUUGACGAUGCGGCAAGACGAUUGGCUAAUUGGUUAUCAUUAAUGAAUAACAACCACCAAAUGUUCUUUAUUCCUUGAAAUAUCGGGAUGCAUUGGACGCUAGUGGUGGUUACGCCAAGGAAAAUUAUUCAUUUAAACCCUGUAAAAGGCUACCCAAUUCCCGAAGUAAUAGAACAAAUAAUCGGAAGGGCAUUCAUGUAUAUAGGGAACGCACAUGAGUAUCUUGGCCCGUGGCUAGGAAUUAACCAAGCAAACUGUCCAAGACAACCUAAAAACCAAGAAUGUGGUUUUUAUGUUUUGAAAUAUAUCACUGACAUCGUCGCACGUGCAAACCCCAGCCGUUACAUACAAGAUCAAAAAGUUUUUGGGGGUAAGAAGCAAUACGAUCCAAAAACUGAAUUGUUACCACUACAACAAAAGUGGAUAGAACAAUUGAUGGCGGUGAUUCACG